GAUAAUUUUGUCAAACGGAAGAUUCAUGAAACGAAUAAAUGAUUGUAGGCAAAUGCAACUUGAACCUUAAUAAAGUUGUGUAUUAUUGUUAUUAUAGAUAAAAACGAAAUAUAAUCAAUGUAGCUUCGUGUUAUGAUACAUUUGAAUUAUUUCAUAUAUUUUUCAAUAAUUUUGUGAAAAUUCAGUGUCUAUGCCAAGGACGAAAGAACAAUUUUUGACUCGUUUCAAAGUGAAAACUGAUUUCUGUCUAGCAAAAAUUAAAACAUAUUAAAUCAUGACUACUUCGUCCGAGGACGUUUUACUUAGUGUAAAUCAUGUGAGGUACAAAAAAGGUGAUGGAACUCUAUACGUGAUGAAUCAAAGACUGGCCUGGAUGUUGGAGAAUCGGGACACUGUGGCUGUCUCACACAAAUAUGCUGAUAUUAAAACUCAAAAGAUAUCUCCCGCCGGUAAACCCAAAGUGCAAUUACAAGUAGUGCUCCACGAUGGCACAUGUUCCACGUUCCACUUCGUCAACCCGGCAGGAGCGGAUGCUCAGGCAAAGGAUCGCGAUCAGGUGAAGAUGCUGUUACAGAACCUGCUACCUAAAUUUAAACGGCAGAUUGAUGGGGAGCUAGAAAUGAAAUCUAGAUUAUUAUCAUUGCAUCCUGUUCUAAAGCAUUUAUAUGAAGACUUAGUUAUAUCAAAAGUAAUUAAUAGUGAAGAGUAUUGGAAUACACCAACUCUUAAACAUUAUACAGAAUCUACUAAUAUAAAACAAGAGGCUGGUGUUUCCGGAGCAUUUUUAGCAGACAUUCAACCGCAGACCGAUGGCUGCAACGGACUGAAAUAUAAUCUUACGCAAGACAUAAUAGACGCAAUAUUCAAAACAUACCCGGCUGUAAGGAAGAAACACAUAGACUAUGUUCCCAACAAAAUGACAGAAGCGGAAUUUUGGACCAAGUUUUUCCAGUCACAUUAUUUUCAUAGGGAUCGCAUAGCAUCGUCUUCAAGUAAGGAUCUGUUUGGGGAAUGUGCAAAAAUGGAUGAUCAGGCAAUUGCAUCUGCUAUGAAACACACUACAUUGGAUCUUACGGUCGAUUUACCGCAAUUCACGGAGCCGAUACCACUACUACCUGAAGAUGAUACAGUAGAGAAGGAGAAAGACAGUAAUUCAAUACACCGCAGUAUGAUAAAGAGAUUUAACCAACACUCUAUAAUGGUGCUAAAAGCUAGUCAAAAGGCAAAUAAUAGUAAUAAUUCAAGCAAUAAAUCAACUAAUAACAAUAAAGUAUUGGAAAACGGCAUCAAAGAGACGAACGGAGUGGACAAGAGACAUGCGGAUGAUUCUGAGCCGGUUGAUAAAAAGAGACGGAUAUUAGAAAAGAUACAUUAUGAGGACCUCGACGAUACGGGCGAUAGUAAUAGUGCGCAGGAGUUGAAAUUGACUAAAGUAGAAAGAUAUUUAUUAGGUCCAUCUUCACAAAUCAGCAACUCCACUUCGAAUACCAACAAUCCACCUCCGUUGUCUGCCUUGGCAUCUAUAUGUCAGGCGUGGAGCAACGGGCAGCAGUGCGCGCGGCCCGUGCGGCUGGGCGCGGCGGCCGCGGUGGGCGCGCUGGGCGAGCUCAGCCCGGGCGGCGCGCUCAUGCGGCACCACCACGCCGCGUGCAUGGCGCAACUGAUCCCCGCGGACGUCAAAUCCGAACUGGGCCGCAUCUACCUGUCGGGCGGGGAGCUGCUGCGCGAGCUGUGGCGCAGCUUCCCGCAGCCGGGCGCGGGCGGCGCGGGCGGCGCGGGGGGCGGGGCCGGCGCCGGCGGGCCGGGGGGCGGCGGGCCGGGGGGCGCGGGGGAUGCGGAGGAGAGCGCGGCCAAGGCGGACAAGUUCUACGAGGCGCUGCUGAGGUUCAGGAACGUGAAGCUGAGGCCGUUUGAGGAAAAAAUGCUCCGCGAUUUAACGCCGCUAGCGACAUCUCUGACCCGGCAUAUGAAUCAAAUGAUCGACGCCGCGUGCAGCAAAUACGCGCUCUGGCAACAAAGACAAGCCAAACUUAGAUAGUACUCGCACAAUUUGUAAAUC